GGAGAGAGAGGCGGGGGAGAAGAAGAGGGAAAAGAGGAGCGAGAGAAAUCGGGCUCCGCGUCCAAUUCCAACACAGUUUCAGUUCCGACGAGAGAUAUAACGAGGGGGGAGGCCCGUCCAAAUCCAAUCGUAGGUUCAGUUCCAACCAAAUCGCCGUCUGGGCAUCAUGAGUUCCUCCGUCGUGGUCUUCGGCAAUGGCGAUAUCGACGAGGACGACUGCGUGGGCGAGAACUCCGUCGUGGUCUCCGGCAAAGGCAAAGGCAAGGGCAAGGACGCCGUGAAGCCCGCAUGCACGGUGCAGUACCCCUGCGUCAAGCGGUUUCGUGAGCGGCGCGUCCUCUCCUUCCUCCGGGACCAAGGCUUCCACGGCGCCUUCAAAGAGCUGACCCGCGAGACGGCGGCGCUGUUCGACCUGGACCACAUGCAACGGCUGGUGAGGCGGGGCCGGUGGUACGACGCCCUCUUUUACCUCGGCGACUUCCUGCCGCCGGUCAAAAGUGAGCGGAGGAGCCACCGCGCCAGGAUCUUCCACAACUUCCUCCUCAUGCACGGCCGCUUCGCCGACGCCGUCGCCGGCAACAAGGACCGUAUCCUGGACAAGCAGUACGCCAACAGCCGCAGUAACUCCACAGCCGCCGAGCGCAGGUUCCGUUCCAUGAACUACUCCAUACUCGGCCCGGACGCCGGCCGGCUCAGAGCUGCCAUCGACUGGGACAGAGUGAGGAGCCAUGCAGAGUUUGUUGUCCAGAGGAUGGCCCUCUCUACUCCAGAGCUGAGACGCCCGCUGCUUUUGCCGUCCCGCUGCAUGAUGCCGCACGAUGUACUCCCCAUUGGGACCGGUUUGUUCCGGAAGAGACGCGUGAAGAAACAAGUCCCCCAGCCGCCAAAAACAGACGCUAUCUUAAUGGCCUUGAAAUUCCAGCAGUAUUGCCAACAGUUUAGGGAGUCGAGCGUCGGAUCCAAAGAUAAAGCACUGGAACUGCUGGUGAAAUUCCUUGAUGAGACUCUACAGGCUGGCCUACCUAGAGGGUGCACACUAACCUAUGACCUUCAACCAACUGGAAAGGAAGUUGAACUUGCUGAAGAUGCUUCUGAUGUUCUGUCUGAGCAGACCAUGCUCGGCACAUCCGAAGAUAAUGUUAAAGUCCAUGACACAUCAUUAGUGAAAAAUUCUGGUGCUCGAGUCUUCCAGAUCAUUUCUCGUGCCUUGAAAGUUCAUGCUAAAAACCCUGGGAUGUUGUCACCAAUAAAUGCAGGCACAAAGCGUCUGAUACAGGCAGGUUGUCAUGCUCAGAAUGAAAUGGAUAGACUGCAAACUGUUGAGAAUGAUAUUUAUCCGAAAAAGCAACGAACGGUUGGGGCAUUCGGUGAAGCAAGUUUGGCACAAAGGUUUGAUACAAGCAGCUUCUCAUGCUCAGAAUAAGAUGGAUGGACCGCCAACUGUUGAGGAUGAUAUUUGUUCAAAAUCGGGAAGCAAUUCUUGGUAGACUUUAAGUAUGUAGUUACGUUUUGAUAUAUUAGCCGAAUCUUCUCCCAAAGAAAAACACCUCCCAUGCGAGGAGCCUUUGAUGAACGAGUAUGUCAUGAA